AUGCUUCUUUCAGAUGCCAACUGCAGCGACUCCGGUCCUACUUUGCCGGGCCAUGUAGUCACUAAGAUGUUCAGGCACGACUGUCAGGCGCGCCAAUGCCCAAGCAGAUGGUCUAUCAGAGACAAUCAUCACGAUGAAGAGAAGGUUCUCUUUGAUGCCAUCGCCACAGAUCCAAUAGUCCAUCGGCACUAUCUAAGACAUCCCAGGCCACAAUACAACACAGGCCCUCACUAUGGUGGUUCACUCCUGGUGGGUCCCAGAAGGGGCUUUAUGGCCACGGAUAGACCUUUAGCGACUGGAAAAAGGAUAGUGACAAACAUCGAAGCUAGAUCCGAGAAUCUGGACCGGCUUACUGAUGGGCAAUGCAUGUUGACCACACCUUGGGUCAUCGGAUUAGACAUGAACACAAAGCUGUGGGGCAAGUUCCGCGUUGAUGAACUUGAGUCCAUUGAUUGGAGCGACGAAUCAUACGAGAAUCUCAUCCUUCCGGAUAAGGAGAAGGAGCUUGCCUGGGCUUUUGUGAAGAACAAAGCACUGGCCGACAGCACCAAGUUUGAGGAUUUCGUCAAGGAUAAGGGACGCGGCAUAAUUAUUCUCAUGUUCGGACCUCCUGGCGUGGGCAAGUCCUACACGGCUGAAGCAGUCGCCGAAAGAGCUCGCGAGCCGCUCUAUACAAUGAGCGCAGCAACUUUGGGGACCAACCCGAAGCGUGUCGGGGACUGUUUGGAGUACGCGCUCAAUUCAUGCCGGGCCUGGAACGCCAUGCUUUUCUUAGAUGAAGCAGAUGUCUUCCUUGGCUCUCGAUCUGAUGCUGAUCUAACUCGUAACGAGCUCGUUGCUGUGUUCCUCACAAAGCUUGAGUACUAUCAAGGCAUAUGCUUCAUGACUACAAACCGAAUGUCGAGUAUUGACCUGGCAAUGCAGUCCCGUGUUGAUCUAUUCCUCCGCUACGGGGACCUCACUCGGGAGACACGGUACUGUGUGUGGAAAAAGUUCAUCUCCGGGGCCUGUGCUACACGGUUUGAUAUCAGCGACGAGGACCUGGACAAGCUCUCCAAGUACAAACUCAACGGCCGAGAGAUCAAAAACCUUGUCAAGACAGCACAUCUCUUGAGUCUUGGAAAUACUGAUGAGAAGAUCAGCUUAAAGACAUUAUGUAUGCUUGUGGACAACCGUAUCCAGGCACUCGAGACACUCAAGGGAGCAUGA